CUUCGAUUCCUGCUCCGCCAGAGCAAAUAAAGGAAGGAGAAGCGGAUGGAACCUGCAGGACAGAUUUGGAUACAGAGACGUCCAAUGCCCACAGGAAGUUUUAACUGAGAAAUAAACUUGCCAGACUCCAGCUGAAUGAAACUGGCAAAACGGAAGCCUGGUUGUGUAACUUUCCAUAAUUGCACAGGCCGGCUGUUUUCUGAACCUUGAAGAACUGCCAAUUCCUUAUUUUAUUUAAAGAGUGUUGCGCCGGCAGCUAACAAGGGCUCUGGAAGAUGGAAGAUGAAGAUGGAUAUAUGCAGAUAGAUCCGAAAAGCCAGCAACAGCGCACAGCACCACUUCCCAAGUGCACCAAAGGUUCUUCCUCGAAUGUCUGGUGGAAAGUCGCUUUCGGCAUUGCGCUGGCAGGGAAUAUCGCUCUGGUCAUUGUUCUUAUUUUUCUUAGUCUUCCAGGUAAGAAGAUUCCAGUUUCCCAGGACGUUUUUGCCAGCAAACCUCCACACAACCAGAUCCGGAGUUGCCUGAAAAGAUGUGUCCCUUGCAGCUCCGAUAAGACGAGCACAACAGCAAAUCUGACUCUGGAUCCGAGCACAGCUCAUCCUCAGCUCUACAUAUCGGAAGAUCUGAAGAGUGUGCAAUGGAGAGGCAUGAAACAAAAUGUGUCUGCCGGUCCCAUGAGAUAUGACGUGAUGGCCAGCGUCCUAAGCCACCAGGGCAUCAACUCGGGGAAAUUGUGCUGGGAAGUGGAAGUGGUGGAAGGGGGCAGUUGGUGGGGUGUGGGAAUCGUGAGGCAGUCUGCAAACAGAAAUAGGCAAAUUUACCUUGCACCAGAGGGAGGGUACUGGGGGGUACAGCGUAUCGAUGGGCAGUACCAGUCAAUUACUGACAAUCCUAGGACAAAUUUGUCCUUAUGCCAUCACCCAAGUAGGAUCCGGGUUUCCCUGGACUACUCAGAGGGCCUGGUAGCAUUUUUCGACGGUGAUACCGAUGCCCAUCUCUUUACCUUUCCGAAAACAAAAUUUUCUGGGGAGAAGGUCCAUGCCUGGUUCUUGAUUUAUGGGUGGAAUGGGGAGCUCACAGUCCAUGCUGCCAGAAAGAAGUUCAAGGACCUGCAAAGUCCCUUUUCUGAAGUCUCGUCAGUCUGGCGACUAACGUUGAAGAUGGAGGAUGAAGAUGGGUACAUGGCUAUAGACCCAGCCACCCGGGACGCGUACCCAAGACCACCUCUCAAGAAAACCAAAGAUCCAUCCUCCAAUCUUCUCUGGUGGAAAAUUGGUCUUGGCAUUUCGCUGGCAGGAAUUGUUGCUUUGACACUGGCUUUGAUCAUUCUCACUCUUCCAGGUGAACCUUCUGACAUCUGCAUACAAGUGCCAAAGACUCCCAUCAUAGCAGCAGUCAAUGAAACGGCAUUCAUCCCUGUUGAUGUCCAAGUCCCAAAGACUGACUGGGAUUUCGUUGAAAUCCAGUGGCACCACAUCAAAGGAGCGGGAGAUGACUUCAUUCUGAAACUUAACAUGAGGUCAUGCAGCCUAACCAGCAACCCGCAGAAGUGGUGGCAGCGUUACUGCCACCUCUUUUAUGAGGUGAUGCCGAAACAUCGGAGGAGAGUGUCAGUCAUGACGAACGCUUGGCUGGUCAUCUGCAAUGUGCAACCGGAAGAUUCUGGGAGAUACCAAAUCACAGUGCAAUCCAACAACAUGAAAGAUGCAUGUAGUUUUGUGAAUCUUUCAGUGGCUGGAGCAAAAGAGGUAGCAGAUGGAUUGACAGAACUAGAUGAAACUUUAUAUCAAGCCAAACCAGACACAUUCAACAUGGAUGGAGCAGUUGUCUAUGCAGACAUAAAAUUACCUGAAGUUUCCCCACCCGGAAGAAACUUGGAUUCAGUUCAGAAGCCAGAACACCAACUGUGCCCACGUUGGCAUGGAAUUAUGCUGCAGGUUGGAUGGGCUGGAAACAUCGUCCUGGUGGUGGUAGUGAUAGUGAUGGGAGUUUGGGUUAUAAAUAAAACUCCACAGGAUCCUGAAAAACAGGUCAAAGCAUCUGAAUGGUCUCCAGACACAACUCAGUACAGCCCUGCAGGAUGUGAAGGAAACAAAGCAUCAGAGGAUUUCAGGUCUACUCUGAAAGAAAAAUUGUGUGAGACGGGGAAUGGAAGUUGCCACUUGUGCCCCAUGCAGUGGCGCCUGCACAAGAAUAAAUGCUACUGGUUUUCUAAAACGAUUCAGUCCUGGGAGAAGAGCAAGGAAGACUGUAUAGCCAAGAAGUCUCACCUACUAAUGACUGAUGAUCAGGAAGAAAAGGAAUUCAUCCAGAAAAAUGGGAAUUCAGUAUGGAUCGGACUUACCGUGUCAUCACCAAAGAAGAAAUGGAUCUGGACCAAUGGCUCUUUGUUAAAGGAGAAAUUAUUUCCAGAAAUGCAACCUGAAGAAGGCAGCUGUGGCGCCUUUGCAGACAACAAAAUCUAUUCCGAGCUGUGCAGCACAGAGCUUCACUGGAUUUGUUGGAAGGGAUCUGUACUCAUUUGAGUAUCUCCAUGUGUCCCCAUUCAUAAUUAGCUACACACUCUGCUUUAGACAUCUUGUUCUCCGUACUAAAAAAACCUCAAGGAUCUUCUUGGUGGCUGCUCCCAGACUUUGGAACUCCCUCCCUAGAGAAGCCAGACUGGCUCCAUCCUUGUUGUCCUCCCGCUGGCAGGUGAAGACUUUCUUUGGAGCCUUUGGAGAACUGAUUGUUUCUAACAA